AUGAGGAGAGAAACCGACGAUAACUUUCAGCUCGAAGAUGGGGGACCUGCAAAAAAUGUUGCCAAGUCUGGACGAAGAGCUCGUCUGCCAGUGGACCAGUCAUUUGAAGAGUCUCGCCACACAAGAAAGUCUUCCACCACCGCUUCAUUAGGAGAGGUAUGCGAUCUUCUGAUAACCGAUGGAGCAACUUCUAAACCAACCCGGCGGCAAGGUGGCUGGGCAGAGGAAAACCCUGGACCUGGUUCUGCCAAAUCUUCAAGAAGACCACCUGAAGACCUGGAGGACCGUCGCCUGCGACCGCAAACUCCCCAAGGAUCAGAUGAUGAAGGAGAUAUUCCAGUGAUACCAGACUUAGACGAAGUGCAGGAAGAAGAUCUUACAAUGCAAAUUGCCGUUCCACCAAGCAUCCAGGUGAAUCGAGUGAUGACCUACAGAGAUCUAGACAAUGAUCUGAAGCAUUUUUCUGCUUUCCAAACCUUAGAUGGAGAGAUUGACUUGAAGCUCAUCACCAAGGUUUUAGCACCAGAGCAGGAGGUUCAAGAGGAUGAUGAGAGCUGGAGCUGGGGUCAUCUGUUUACAGAGGUGUCCUCAGAGCUCCUGAUGGAAUGGGAUCAAGGAGAGAGUGAAGAGUUGGAACCAAAGGGUCAAUGA